AUGAACGUUGGGGCAGACCAGGCCCCGCAAACGAAUGGCGGCGGUGGAGCGCAACACCGACAGUCCAACGGCAGCGGCGACUCAGACCUCUCACAGAUAUUGGAAGCGCUGCAGGCCAUAUACGCAACCUCGUCAACGAAUGAUACCCGCCGCCAGGCAACCGAAUACCUCGAGCAAGCGAAACGGCAUCCGGAAGCGCCCUCACAUGGUCACACGCUCGCACUCGACCGCUCGCAACCCGCACCCCUCCGCUACUAUGGCCUCACUAUGCUGGAGCACUCGAUAAAAUACAGCUGGGAGGACUUCACAGAGGACCAAGGCACAGCGUUACGAGGCUAUGCGAUCGAGCUCGCUCAAAACGUGUCCGAAGACGAUGCCGCAUUCCUAAGGAACAAGGUCGCGCAGCUAUGGACGGAGAUUGCGAAGCGCAGUUGGGGCGCCGAGUGGCUGGAUAUGGACGAACUGCUGGUCUCGCUCUGGACAAGUUCUCUGCACCACCAGGCUGUCGUGCUAUACGUCCUGGAAACCCUUUCUGAGGAAGUCUUCAAUCGCGAAGACCCUACCGCAGGCCUUCGAGGUAGCGACCUGGGUCGCGCCUGCGUCGAGAUUUUCACACCGCUUGCCGUCAUACAAGACCAGCUCCCUACACGCGAGAAGAGUCUGGAUGUGCGGUGUGGAGACGAAGGAUGGCUGAAGAGACUAUGCGACAACUUGGGCUGGUGCUUGGGUCAGGACUACCAGAACCAGGAAGCUGUUAAGACAAGCGCUAUCAAGUCUAUGCAGGCCCUCAAGGCGGCCAUGCCGUGGAUCAUGCCCAAGGCUAUCGCUGCAACACAGGUCAUCGAGGCCGUCUGCAAGGCGCUGGCUACCCCAGCCGUAGAGAUGCAGAUUGCCGCCGUCGAGACCCUCCAAGCGAUCUACAACCGAACCCACCUGCACGACGACGAGUUUGUGGAGCUUGUAUGCCCCAUGUUCACACCUGGCAGUGUUUCACUCCUGCGAGAAGUAUACAACUGGACGCUCACGGAUAUGGAUGUGAAUGACAUAGAUGAUCAGAAAUACAUGCUCUGCAAGAGACUCUCAGAAUUGGCGAACAGCCUCGGACUAUUCAUCGAGCAAAAGCCCCAAUCGAUACCAGAUGGGAGCGACCUAACCGGCAUAUUCGGUUUCCUAUACGAUAUCAUGCGCAACCCGAGUCUCGUCGUCUCCAUACCUGUUCUUCAUUGUUGGACCAAGCUAUUACGAUCUAGCAUCGUGCGAGACUCUGAUGUCGUCAACUCCAUGGUUGGCGGGCUACUUGAGACGUGCUGCGCCCGACUCAUUCGAUACGAAUCGUUACCCGAAGAUACCGAAGACGUUACGUUACAAUUUCUCAACGAAGACAUUGAUACGGUACCGGAACGUCAUGCUUUUCUAGGCAACUAUCGGCGCUUCUGCGCAGACGUGAUCGAAGUCCUGGUACGCAAGACACCAGUAGAGGCAAUGGCGCAUAUCCUUGCUCAGGCGACGAACAUGCUCCAGAACCUGUACCAUGAUCAGCCUGCUUUCCAGCGCCAAAACUUCACAAAGAACUCUCCACAAGUCCUUCAGGUCGAUGCGCAGGUCACUGUCAUCGAAGCUGCACUCAAGGGGUACAUGAAGUGGCAGCAAGGGCAAGGCGAAAACGCGCAAGAUGAUGAGCGGACGCGGAAUACACUGGAAGACUCGCUCGAGCAGUGGGGCAGGCAAAUCCUGCAAGCGCAUUUCGAAGAUCCUGAAGUUGCGAGAAAGAUAAUAUCUUUGAUGGCAACUCUCUCAACAAAAGCCCUUGGCGACCGCCCAGGAUUCGCUCUUACCUUCUUGGAGUAUAUGCUUACAGUACGGCUAGCCGAUGACACGAACUAUCCACAGUACUCCGAUGCUGUGAAAGACCUCGAGCGCAUAUGCAGUCUUGAGAUGCAGAAACUAGCGAUGAAAUUCGCUGACGACUUUAUGAACGUCUACGAGCAACUAGAGGCCAAGGUCAAUGAGAUGAUUAAUGAUCCUACGACUGACGAACGCCAACGUAUGGCGUACUCCGCUUUCCUUUUCAUCAUCAUACAUAGAUGUACAACAUUAGAGCGCGCCACGCAAGAGGAGCGCAUGAGACAGAUGCUCAACCGUGUCAAGGAUGCUUGGCGCAACGAUGAGUUCACCCAAGCCAUCUCUUCAUUCCAGUCCUUCUGUGGCGUAUUGGGAAUGGGCCAAUUACCCGAGUUUCUGUCUGCGAACAACUUCCGCGGCAUUCAGGACUGGUCUGACCAACAAUUGCCUAGUGAUGGCCAGGCGUUGCAGGCCUCAAUUCUUGACCGUUCUCAACAACUGCCACUACGACUUACUAAGACAUUACUGGCAGCAUCGACGGAAAAGCUUCGCGAUGGCACUGCUGCGUACGAGACUGCUGCGCUACUCUGGGCAGAGGCCAUACCAGUGCUGCUCCCAAACCUUCUCCAGCUUGUGAGCCAUGCACAAGCAUUCAACGAUAUCGACGCCAACUGGUCACACUUGCCAGUAGAACUACAGCAGGUUAUUCGGAGAGUACUGACAGAUCGGUUCUGGCAAGCGGGCAUAUCGACAGAGAGCCGAGACGACUUCUUUGCAAGAGUUAGUGGCUCCAAGUCGACGUUUGAGGGUUUUGCAUCGACGGUACGAGGCACUGUAAGGCAGAUUAGGGAGAGCUCGUACUACAUCCUCUACUCGUUAACGCGAUUUCGAGACUUCUUCUAUGGGAUAGAAGAUCUGCCAGGCCCGUUGAGUCAAGCCCUGUUUGGCCACGCAGGCGCUCUGACUGCGCAUCAUCUAUCUGUCUUACUAACCGUAUCCACCCAUCUCAUUGAAGGUUGCCCAGCGCGUCUACGACCACAUUUCCUGCCACCCAUGAUACAGGGGCUAUUCAGAGAGCUGGAUCGAAAAAUCUCCGGAGAAUGGAACGAGGUUGCCCGACAGGUGGCGGAUUCGGGGCAGAACGACAACUUGACGGACGAGAUGAAGACCGAGAGCAUACUGCGACAGCUCACAUAUGCUGCGGUUUCGCUUGUCGCUGUCCUGCUCGAUUCGAGACAGGAAUUUGCCCGUCACGAUGAACACAGUCGAAAAGAAGCCAAUGCACCGCCCAUGUGCGACUUCAUUCUCUCAACGCCUGCCGUCCUCGAGCCUAUCCUCCUCUUCUGCAACUCAACAAUACGUUAUCGCGAUACUAGGUCCGUUGUCACCAUGGUCCGCGUAUUGCGCACCCUGCUCCCACGGUUCAAGGAGAAGUCGCCCAUUCGUGACUACUUCUGCAAUGACAUCCUCAAAUCAGCCAUUACGUCCCUCCAUGAGCCAUACUUUGUGGACUGCCAGAAAGAGCUCGCCUCACUCAUCGCGGGCAUCAUUCACCUGGACGAGGAGAUACCGCGCUCGAUCAUCUUGUCUCUACCCGGCAUGGGUGACCAGUAUCGCGUCGACCGCCGUCUUGCAAAGCUCCGUGGAGCGAACAGGUCGGACGAACGUAUGCAGCGCAGCAUCGUACUAGAUCUCAUGAGUAGCAUCAAGGGUAUCAGUAUUCACGAGCAAGGCAAAAUACAGAGAUCGACGAAGACCAAGGCCAGGACUGUCAUGAUGGAGCAGUACAUGAGUGUGGACCAACAGCCGACUAUAGUCCGAGGUACCAGCCCCGGAUUGGCAGGCGUGGCAGACAUGUUCGGAGAGUCGUAA